AUUGUAAAUGACCAACUUUCUGAACUAACACCAAUUUAUUUCUGUCUUUCAAAUUAUGGAAAUGGAACCUCAACUACUACAACUAUUACUACUUCUACUUCUACUUCCUUCUGUGUUGAUGAAACUAGGUCAUCAAAGGCACCUGAUGUAUCAAAGCUAGUUUUCGGAAGCAAAUUGCCUAUUCUAAGUGAUGAAAAACUAUCAUUGAAGGUAUUGCUUUUCGAGGCAAAAAAACGAGAGCGGGCCUUUACGAAUAGAGGACGCUGAAAUCAGUUGCGCUCAAUGGGGGUAAAUUAAGAGAGAAUCUGGAAGCUGCAAGUUGAAGAACUUGAAGACUAAACAAGAAACAUCAAGAGCAACUCCCUAGCUAUAGCCAACCAUGACUGAUGCUUCAUUUGAGAGUGAGACGGAGUAUUACACCCCAAACCAUCACAAACGAUACUAUCCAACGCCAGUAAGCCAUCACAACGUCUUUGGCUCGGAGUCUUUCACAAUGUCCACCUCUCAAACUCAACGCAAAGCCGCCAGCUCUAGAAGAGCUCGCCCCAACAGAAUUCCCACGACGCCUUUCGCUUCGGACGAUGAUCAUUCGUGGCAAGGAGAGGUUUCUUGGAAGUUCGAGGCCAGCAGGGGAUGGCAAGAGUACAGCGCACGCAUGGGCUCUGUUCUGAAUCCAUGGCCAGUCGACUCCCCAUUUGAACACAGCCGCGUGUUUCGUCAGUCGGCCAAUGACUACUUCCUUUCACAAACUAGUCGAUUCAAAGGCCACUCAGGCUCAACUUAUCAUAAUGAGCAUUCCGUCUACGGAAGAGUUGAGCUCCAGAGCUAUGUUGCCGGGGACAGUGACCUUAGCGAGUCUCGUGGUUUCUCUAAAACGAAGGUCAUAAAAGAAAGAGAUAGCAUAAUAAGAAACAAGACUAGUCCGUUGGCCGAAGAAGACGAGCUCAGUUGGAUAGACUAUAGCAUCUCUGAUAAAGAAAUCGGUGGGUAUCACGCUAAAUUCUCUUAUAUUAAACAUGACCACCGUGGCAAGCAUGGCGAUAGUUACGGACUACCAUCAGCCGGAGAUAAAUUCGGUACCCCGAGUUAUGGUGUUGACAAGGUUCCAGGGUAUGAGUAUGAUGAAGAGGGCGAGGAGGAAUUGGACGAGGAAGAUGCAGGGCCUCCAAAGACAAUUGGGUUGUUUCGGCUAUUUAGGUAUGCAACAAAGUGGGAUUGGGUUCUUGUGCUUGUAGGUUGUUUAGGUGCUUUCAUAGAUGGAGGCUCACUUCCUUUUUAUUCUUAUCUUUUUGGAGAAUUGGUCAAUAAGAUUUCACAAAAUGGGAAUAAUAAGCAAAUGAUGAAGGAUGUAGAGAAGAUAUGCAUAUAUAUGACCGGGUUGGCUGCAGUUGUUUCGGUUGGAGCAUAUUUGCAGAUCGCAUGUUGGAGGUUAGUGGGCGAGAGAUCUGCUCAAAGAAUGAGGACGGAGUAUUUAAGAGCAGUUCUUCGACAGGAUAUUAGCUUUUUUGAUACACAGAUCAACACUGGUGACAUUAUGCAUGGAAUAGCAAGUGAUGUUGCACAAAUCCAAGAAGUUAUGGGAGAGAAGAUGGCUCACUUUGUUCAUCAUAUAUUUACAUUUAUAUGUGGCUACAUAGUUGGAUUUAGAAGAUCAUGGAGAGUCUCUUUGGUGGUAUUCUCAGUCACCCCAUUAACAAUGUUUUGUGGUAUAGUCUACAAAGCAAUUUAUGGUGGUCUAACAGCAAAAGAAGAAGCUUCUUACAGGAAAGCUGGUGUUAUUGCGGAACAAACGAUCAGUUCAAUUAGGACAGUGUUUUCUUUUGUUGCGGAAAGGCAAUUGGCAGCAAAAUAUGCUCAAUUACUACAAAAAUCAGCCCCAAUCGGCGCAAAAAUUGGUUUUGCCAAGGGUGCAGGCAUGGGCAUUAUCUAUUUAGUAACAUAUUCGACAUGGGCCUUGGCAUUUUGGUAUGGCUCCAUCUUAAUUGCCACGAACAAACUUGAUGGGGGUGCAGCUAUUGCUUGUUUCUUUGGUGUCAAUGUAGGAGGAAGAGGUCUAGCAUUGGCGCUGUCAUAUUUUGCACAAUUUGCACAAGGUACAGUUGCAGCAAGUCGUGUAUUCUCUAUUAUAGACAGAAUUCCUGAGAUUGAUCCAUAUAGCCCUGACGGAAGGAAGCUUACUGUUGUCCGUGGUAGAAUUGAGUUAAAAAAUGUUAGUUUUGCAUACCCAUCUCGUCCUGAUUCUCUGAUACUUCAUUCCCUUAAUUUAGUAUUUUCAUCGACAAAAACUUUGGCACUCGUUGGUGCUAGUGGAGGGGGAAAAACCUACCUAGGGAAAUUUAUCAUUGUGCUUUCUUUCAAUAUUAUCCUUGUAGGGACGAUAACCUUGGACGGGCAUGAUUUGAGGACGUUGCAAGUCAAGUGGCUAAGAGGUCAAAUUGGGAUGGUUGGUCAAGAGCCAAUCCUCUUUGCAACCUCCAUACUAGAAAACGUUAUGAUGGGGAAAGAUAAUGUCACUAAGGAGGAGGCAAUUGCUGCUUGCAUUGCUGCAGAUGCUCACAAUUUCAUAUCUAACUUACCACUUGGCUAUGACACUCAGGUCGGAGAUAGGGGCACAAAACUAUCAGGUGGUCAAAAGCAGAGAAUCGCACUGGCUCGAGCAAUAAUCAAAGAUCCUAAAAUCCUUCUUUUAGACGAACCUACCAGCGCUCUUGAUGCUGAGUCAGAGUCUGCAGUGCAACGAGCCAUCGACAAGAUUUCUGUGGGUCGAACAACCAUUGUCAUUGCUCAUAGGAUAGCUACUGUAAAGAAUGCUCAUGCCAUCGUGGUCCUCGAAAAUGGUACUGCCAUUGAGAUGGGUAACCAUCUCCAGCUUAUAGGGAAAGGGGGAACCUACUAUAACCUUGUCAAACUCGCCACCGAGGCCAUAUCAAGGCCUCUCUCUAAUGAACAUGACAUGCAAAAAUCCAAUGAUCUUUCCAUCUAUGACAACUCAAUUGCUGAUGUAUCAAGAUAUGCAGCAGAUAUCUCGAGGCCUAAACAUUUAAAAUACGCUCAGGAGAAAAAAGUAGAGAUCGAAGACGAGCCAAACAAAAUGCCAACAAAAUUUAGACUUUCUGAGAUAUUGAAAUUGCAAAAGCCAGAGCUUUGGAUGCUACUUUUAGGAUUCUUUCUGGGUAUGUUUGCAGGCGCUUUUCUGUCUCUUUUUCCUUUGGUUUUAGGCAUAUCUCUUGGGGUAUAUUUUGAUGAUGACACUGAUAAGAUGAAGAGAGAUGUUGGACACCUUUGUUUAGCACUUGUUUGUCUUGGAUUCGGUUGUAUUCUUUCCAUGACAGGACAACAAGGAUUUUGUGGUUGGGCAGGAUCAAAGCUUACACUAAGGGUUAGAAACCUCUUGUUCCAGUCCAUCUUGAAACAAGAACCUGGGUGGUUUGAUUUUGAUAAAAACUCGACUGGAGUGUUAGUGUCAAGGCUCUCCAUUGAUUGUAUCAGCUUUCGUUCAAUACUUGGUGAUCGAUUCUCAGUCCUUCUUAUGGGGAUGAGUUCAGCAGCUGUCGGUCUUGGUGUUUCCUUUGUCAUCAAUUGGAAACUAACCCUUUUGGCGGCUGCUGUUACUCCCUUUACUCUUGGUGCAAGUUAUGUAAGCUUGCUUAUAAAUAUUGGGCCACAUGUUGAUAACAAUGCAUAUGCCAAAGCUAGCAAUAUUGCUUCUGGUGCAGUAUCAAACAUAAGAACGGUUACCACUUUUUCUGCCCAGGAAAUAUUAAUUAAGUCCUUUGAUCAAGCCUUAUCAGAACCUCAAAGGAAAUCAUUGAAAAGUUCGCACAUUCAAGGUCUAACAUUUGGGUUCUUUCAAGGAGCCAUGUAUGGAGCGUACACCUUGGUUCUUUGGUUUGGUGCCAGACUUGUAGAUCGUAGCGAAGCGAAGUUCGGAGAUGUUUUUAAGAUCUUUCUCAUUCUUGUUUUGAGCUCAUUUUCUGUGGGACAACUAGCUGGUUUAACACCGGAUACUUCUAUGGCGGCCACAGCAAUCCCUUCUGUUCAAGAUAUCAUAAACCGGAGGCCGCUGAUAGGCAACGAUAAGUCAAUAAGAAGCAAGAAAGUAGAAGAUCGAUUAAAGUCGCCUUUCAAAAUAGAAUUCAAAAUGGUCACAUUUGCAUACCCAUCUAGGCCUGCAGUUACAGUGCUAAGGGAUUUCUCUUUGAAGGUCAAAGGUGGAAGCACCGUGGCCUUGGUAGGACCCAGUGGAUCAGGAAAAUCAACCAUCAUAUGGUUGAUACAGAGGUUCUAUGAUCCAAAUAAAGGAAAAGUGAUGCUAAGUGGGGUAGACCUUAUGGAAAUUGAUGUUAAGUGGUUAAGGAGGCAAAUGGCUUUAGUAGGUCAAGAACCAGCACUGUUUUCUGGGAGUAUAAGGGAGAACAUUACCUUUGGGGACCCAAAUGCGUCAUGGGCUGAAAUUGAAGCAGCUGCAAAAGAAGCUUACAUCCACAAAUUCAUUAGUGGCCUUCCUCAAGGUUAUGAGACCCAGGUUGGUCAAAGCGGGGUCCAACUAUCAGGUGGCCAAAAACAAAGAAUUGCAAUAGCAAGGGCUAUACUGAAGAAAUCAAGGGUGAUUCUACUUGAUGAAGCAAGCAGUGCUUUGGACUUGGAGUCAGAGAAACACAUCCAAGAUGCCCUUAAGAAAGUUUCCAAUGAAGCAACAACCAUCAUUGUAGCCCAUCGUCUAUCGACAAUUAGAGAAGCUGACAAGAUAGUGGUUAUGAAAGAUGGGGGAGUAGCAGAGUAUGGAAGUCAUGACACACUGAUGACUUCCCAUCAAAAUGGUCUGUAUGCUAGCCUAGUUCGUUCUGAGACCGAAGCCAAUGCCUUUGCUUGACAUUAUUCUAGACAUUGAAAUAUUGGUGCAACACAUAUAGCCAUUUGUCCAAAAUCAAUUAGAUCGAAAUAAGGGUGCUUUAAAUUGUUAGGUGUCUUUCGAGUUACAUGUGUAAUACAGAUUUUGUGUUUUCGAAAUCAAGACAAUC